AUGGCGGCGUAUAAGUUCUUGCAGAGCCCCGCUGCAAAACAGGCUCAGCAUAUAUAUGAAGGACUAUGUCCCUCUGCAGCCUUUCCAAAGCCUCGCUAUGCGACCUUGCGCAAACUAUACGCCCCCCGCCUGCCUCCUUCAACCGAGACGAUACUCGACUCUGGUGCUCUGGUACUCCACUUUCCCGCGCCGCAUACUGUGACUGGCGAAGACGUCCUCGAACUGCACGUACAUGGCGGCCCAGCCAUUGUACGCGCAGUAUUGGCAGCCAUACCCGAAUGCGCGUCGGCACCAGAAGGUCUUGAGUCCAUGCGCAAGCAGAUUCGGUAUGCAGAGCCUGGAGAGUUCACCCGACGCGCCUUCGCCAACAACCGGAUGGACCUUCCCCAGAUCGAGUCGCUAGGAGAGACGCUGUCAGCUUCAACUGAGCAGCAGCGCAAGAUUUCUGUGAGAGGCACCAACGCCUCGCUAGCCGUACGAUACGAGCACUGGCGCAUGUUGUUGCUGCAGGCACGAGGCGAGUUAGAGGCCUUGAUCGACUUCUCUGAAGACCAGCAUUUUGACGAAUCACCCGCUGUCUUAUGCGCCAACGUCGCAGCUCAAGUCCGUGCCCUGCAGGUGCAAAUGGAGGCGCACAUUGCAAAUGCCGUUCGUGGAGAACUGUUGCGCAAUGGAAUCAGCGUUGCGCUUCUUGGGGCGCCCAAUGCAGGCAAAAGCAGCUUGCUAAACCGCAUCGUCGGAAGAGAUGCCGCCAUUGUUUCUCAAGAGGCUGGCACAACGCGAGAUGUGGUCGAGAUAGGACUGGACCUGGGUGGAUGGCUUGUAAAAAUUGGAGACAUGGCCGGUCUACGUCGGGCUGGUGUCACAGGCGCGGACGUCGUUGGGGCUGUUGAACAAGAAGGCAUCAGGCGCGCGAAGCAACGAGCGCUUGAGUCAGAUGUGUUGAUCGUCGUUCAAGACGCCACAGCCGAGAUGGAUUCCGAAGUUAUGGAGACGGCAAAGCAGUGUGUUGACGUCGGCAUCGAAGUCAUCGUUGCUCUUAACAAAUGCGACCAACUCUAUACCUUUGAUCUUUCGCGGAAGUCAUGGGAAGAGAAGGUUCAUUCUGCACUGGGCCUUCACAAGGACCGUCUAUGCUUUAUUUCUUGCAAGCCACCCACAUCACCAUCAUCCACAGGCACCAGCGACAACAUCCCAGCAUUCCUCACCACUUUGCAAAAUACCUUCGAAUCCAUGACAGCCGCAUUGGUCCCCGAAUCAGACCCUGACCCAAGCAUCUGGCAAGAGUCGCUAGGCGCAACCGAGCGUCAACGUCUUCUUCUCUCCGAAUGUCUCAGCCACCUUUCCACCUUCCUGACGACCGUUGCCGACCCCUCGGCAGAUACAACCCGAACCGGUGAAAGUGUACCAGACGAGGCCGACGAGGUCGACAUUGUGGUCGCUGCAGAAUGCCUUCGGUCCGCCGCCGACGCGUUGGCCCGCAUCACAGGCCGGGGUGACAGUGGUGAUGUGGAAGAAGUAUUGGGGGUCGUUUUCGAAAAGUAA